AUGGCGCGAUCGGGCUCUCCGGGCCGCUCCCGCUCCCGUGCGCCCGGGCCCCCGCGGCCCCCGCCGCCGCCCCGCGCGCCCCGGCGGCGCCCGCGGCCCCGACCCCGGCCGCCCCCCGCCGCCGGCUCCCGGCCGAUCACGGCCGCGGCCUCGGCCUCGCCCGGGGGCGCGAAGGCGAAGGCGGGCGGGGCGAAGGGGUCCCGCCGCUGGAGCCCGCCGCCGCCCGGGCCCGGCGCCACAUCCACGCGCCCCGAGCCGCGCCCGCCGCCGCCCGGGCCCCCCGCGCGCCCCCCGCGCGACCCCCGGGCUCUAGGCGCGGGGCAUGCCCCGGCGCGCGCCGCCAACGCCAACGCCAACGCUCGCGGGCCCGGGGCUCGCGGGGGGCGCGCGGGCAGGUGCCGGCGCCGCGAGGCGCGAAUCGCCGCGGCGGCCGAGGCCGAGGGGCCCGGGAGGAGCGGGGACGCGGGCGCGGGGCCCGCCGGGCCGUCCUCGCGCGGCGCGCCGCCGCCGCCCCGCUCCUCCCACCGCGCGGCGCCCGCCCGGCUCGUCCCGGCGGCGCUGGCCGGCCGCGUCGCGCCCGCGCCGGCCCCUGGCCGCCUGGCCGUCCGGCCGGCCGCCCCCCGGCUCCCGUCCGCCCGCCGGCCCGCGCGCGCGGCUUCCGGGGCGACGGAGGCGCUUCUGGCCCGCAGCUUCAGAGCGCGGCGGCGGCGCGGGGCUCGGCGCGUUCGGCGAACAUCCUCCCGGCGGCUCGCUCCGGCUCGGACUGAGCGCCCGGCGCUUAGCUCACGCCGCCGCGCGCUGCCCCGCCUCGCGCCGCCGCCCCGCCCCGCGUCGGCCCCGCCCCCCGCGCUGUUUGUUGCCGAACGCGCGCGCUCCCCUGCCCGGCCUGACUCGCUCGGCCGCACUCGGCUCCGCCCGGCCGAGAUUCGGUCACGUUCGGCCCCGCCCGCCUGCGCCUCGGCUCUGUUCGACUCCGCUCGGGCCCGCACGCCACGAGCUCGGCCCCGCUCGGCCUCGUUCGUUCCAGUUCGGCGCCCCUCGGCCCCACCCACCGAAGGCCGCGGGAGGAGGCGGUGGCAGCGGCACCCGGGGCCCCCCUUCCGGCCGACGCCGCUUCCUGCGCGGCUGGGAAGGCGCCUGUCCUGCCGCCCCGGGGCCCCCAAACCCACAUUUCGCCUGCCACAACCGCAGAACCUCCGAGGGGCGGCCAGGAGCCGGUCUGCGUGGCUGCCACUGCGCGUCACCUGGGCCCCCCGGCUCAUGGAAUCACCACGAGACACACCCCGGGCCCACACGCCUGCGACGUCACGAGUCAUGCCCCAUCCCAUGCAGCCUGUGGCCGUGCUGCCCACUGGCCCAGUGCAGGACCCUCUCCGCUCCCCGGGCAGGGGCUUGGAACCCACUACUGCCUAG